CUGAUAUCAGCGGGUUGAGCACCGCGCGGCCCUGCUGCUUCCCUCAGACAAUAUUGAAGCGAAAUUGCCAAUUAUAUUUCAUUUCACAUGCAGUGUUUCCAUUUCAUUAUUCGCUGUCAUUAUAUUUCUAGAACGUCUUUCUUCCGUGUUACCUGCCGAGACCAAAAUGUCUUUGGUUAUUAUUAUUGUUAUUACAACCUGCUCACAGCGCCCCGCCCACUGUCAGCACCGGUAGUUCACGAGAAGCGCCGCUCUUCUCGCUCGAUUUAGGCACAGUGUAAUACCCGUACCAUUUUUCUUGGUAUUGAUUUACUUGUCAUCUGAAUUGUGCCGCGAUAGAUUAAAUCAUUGCUGACCCCGAGGAAAUGACUCAGGGAGUUCAUUGUGACACACUGGUGCUCCUCGUGACGUUCCGCCUUUUAUUACUUUCGCUUGGGACAAACAGGCAGCGACGUUUUCAGUGGGUGACACCAUUGUAUUGUUUAACAUUAUUGUCGUCGUCGUCUUCAUCAUCAUCAUCAUCAUCAUCAUCAUCAUCAUCAUUAUGACUACUAGCAAUAACAGCGGCAGCAGUAGCAGUAUUAAAGUAGAGAAAUGUAUGCUAUACAUUUUUAUAGACAUGACUUUUCACGUGUCCCAUUCCCUUCAGCAAACAAUAACGUUUUGUCUUCUCUUUUUUCUCAGGUGUGUUGGUGUCCGUGUGUGGGUCUUCUGCAGAAUUUGCUCACAUCUGCCGUCGCGUGUAGGCGUUACUGUCCCGGAGCAGGUCUAGAUUCAGAAGCAAUGAAGAUGAACCCAGGAGUGCCCCCUUACAUGGUGUACCACAUGCCCAUGAUGUAUGGAGGGUUUGGGGACUACAGCUACAACCCUCACUGGGGCUGUAGCAUUCCUGUGAUGCCUUCCCCUGCUACAGUAGAGGAGGGCAAGCAGACACCCUUGAUGCCAGGAACAGAUGGGUAUCAGCAGAUGGUGGCUGUUGGGGGCUGGGGACAGGGGUAAGUGGGUGAUAUGCCUCCCCAGUCAGUGCUCUGCCCACCUUCUGCAGCGAAAGGUUAUCCUCCUUUGCUGCGAGAGCCGCCGCUCCCUUUUCAACCUGAGGGCAGAGACGGAGGGAAAGAUGGCCCACCUUUCCACCACCAUCACCCAUGGGGCCGGGGCCAUGGUGGACCCCAUCACCAAGGGAGGCACCACUAUGUUGCACAUCAGUACUCAAAUAAUCAUGGCAACAACUUUCAUGCAUGUCAUUGAAAAUCUGGACCUGUCCGGGCUUGUGAAGGACACUCAUUGGCAGUGGGUGGCAGUGACAGACUCAAGAGCAGUACAUCCUGCAGGACUGGGCCAUGAGGCCACUGAAGGACACCGCUCAUUCUGCAGGAAGAGUGUGGCUGUAAGGAGCAGUACAGGAUCCCAGAGAAGGAAUGUUGUGUGGGGGAGAG